AUGGAUGUUGAAGAAAUGAUUGCUAUGUUUUUACAUAUUGUAUCUCAUGACAUUAAGAAUAGAAUUAUGAGACGACAAUUUGCACGUUCUGGUGAAACAGUUAGUAGACAAUUUAAUGCGGUUUUAAAUGCUGUGUUGCGCCUUCAUGAGUUAUUGUUAAAAAAACCUGAACCAAUUCUUGGUAGUUCAACUGAUGAGAGAUGGAAGUGGUUUAAGAAUUGUUUGGAAGCACUAGAUGGAUCAGCUGCCGACUCUAGAGUGUUACGAGAUGCCAUAUCUAGGACAAAUGGGUUGAAAGUUCCACAAGGACAUUACUACUUAUGUGAUGCUGGAUAUCCCAAUGGUGAAGGCUUCUUAGCACCAUAUAGAGGACAACGAUAUCACUUGAAUGAUUGGGAUAUCCCACCUAAUACACCUACUGAAUUUUUCAAUAUGAAACAUUCUUCAGCUGGAAAUAUAGUAGAGAGAGCAUUUGGCCUAUUGAAGGGGCGAUGGGAAAUUCUUAGAGGUAGAUCAUACUAUCCUGUCAAAAUUCAAUGUCGAAUUAUUUUGGCAUGUUGCCUUCUUCACAACUUGAUUAGAAGAGAAAUGCCUAUCGAUCCUCUAGAACAAGCAAUAGGGGAAAGUGAGGAGGACAAUUGUGAUGAAGAUGAAAGUGUAGGCAAUGAUCAUUAUACACAUAUUGAAAUAUCUAACGCUUGGACUUCUUGGAGAGACAACUUAGCUAGAGAGAUGUUUAACCAAUGGAGCAACAUGAGAAAAAUGGAUGCUCUGGAGCAAUCAACAUCAAUUCCUGGAAAAAAGCAUCAGUGGACUUCAAUUGAGGAUUCAAAGUUGGUUGAGUGUUUGUUGGAGUUGAGCCAUCCGAAUGCAAAAGGCUUAAGGAAUAGACCAUUUCCUCAUUAUGAAGACUUAGUUACUGUAGACAAUGACGCAAAUUCUGAGUUUGAUCAUUUAUCUCCAAUAGAUGAUCUUAUUGGUAAUGCAACCAAUAGUCAUACAAACACGGCGACAACUUCAGCACAGUCAAGUAAGAAAAGUAGAAAGAGAUUUAGGAAUGAAGAUCCAUUGGUUGAGGUAUUGACUGACAUAGUGAAAAAAUUUGGUGACAUACAAGCUGUUGCUGGUGAUAGUAUUCGAAGAAUUGCUGAUUGUUUCCAGUUUGAGACAGAAGGUGCUACUAGAAGGAUGAAAGUGUUUGAUGAACUGAAGCAAAUUGAUGGGCUGACAAAUGAACAACGAGUCAAAGCUGGAAAACUUCUUGUCCAAAACCAAGCCUACAUAGAUUUUUUAUUCACAUUGGAUGAUGAAUUCAAGUUGGGAUUCAUACUUGGGCUCUUUGAAUGA